GUAUAUGUGGAACAGAAACAGCAGUAACGCAACUACAAAAGAGAUGAUAGUGAGUGCUCUGAUUUAGGGAAGAAUGGGAUCGUGCAAACAAUCAACCUCGCUGUCAGAUCAGUGCAGUGUGUGGGACAGCGGGGGUUGUCUCUAGGAGGUGGGGUCUGUCCCAUGUGUCGACUGUCUGAUGGAAAGAAGAGGGGCACAGCAUAGUGAGUAUGAAAGGACACCGAGUGCUACACAGAGAGAGACUGCAGGCAUGCAGCGGCACAGAGCUGCAUAUAUGUUUAAAGAGGCUGCAGCAGAGUGAGCUAUUGGUAAGGUACGUUACCAUGAGAUCCCCAGAGACCUGAAGUUAGAGAUCUGUCAAACAUGUGAUUGGUCAAUAUUCCUCAGAAAUCUACAGCAUGUGACAUUGCGGUGGAGUUUCUAGACCCUCGCCAUGCUCUCUCUGUGGAAUCUUUAUCUUCUUCUCCCCCUUUCCUUGCCUUUCUUGCUUCAUGUCACAGUUCUGACUGGAGAGAAUGUGAAGGAAACACAACAGCCAGACACUGACACAGCAGUGCAGCGUCUCUCACAGCCUUCCCAGAGACGUCAUGGAUCUGGCUUAACAGCAGCAAGUCCCAUGUUGGCAACUGAGAAUGUUGAUUUCCUAUCUUUAAGUUGGCAUCUAUCAUCACCUGAGGAAUCAGAUAGCCAAGGGGUGAUUGGUGAAUACACUGAUUUACAGGAGGGCACAGAAACAUCACCUUUGCAUCCUCAUGAGAAGGGACCCACAUAUAGUGCACAACCAAUCAAGUCCUCAUCAGGAGGAGUUCCUCCUCCACCUGCCCAGGAUCAACAAACAUUAAAGUAUCAGCCAGGAGAAACCAGUACUGGAUCUUUAUUGCAAUCUACACAAACUGGAGAGAUUCAGCCAAGUUUCCCAGCCAAGCAGAAUGAAACAACUGACAGCCAGUUACCUUUUAUUCUGCCUGGCUCACUUCCAUCAGAACAGGACUCCACUUCACUGCUGUUCGCUGGACCUGGGCCCAGCCCCGAGCACCCCACUCCACCAGUAUCCACUGGCAGGUUGGGAUGGACCUCUGACCCUCCUGUUAUCACACAGGGAAAGACACAGGAGGGGAUUGCUCCUGUGAAAGAGACCGGAGGUGAAUUGAUUGAUAUUACAGAUCAUAUUUUACACAGAGGAGCUGUCAGGAUUGAGGAAGAUAAAGAUGAUUCCAAAGAUGAUGAGCUCCAUGUCUUAAAGACAAGUGGCACACUCUUGCUUGAUGGUAACAUCGACUCGUCUGCCACAACCUGCAAAACAUCAAACCAGUCUUGGACUCCCACCUACUCAGAUGAUUUGACUCCCAAUGAGUCCCUGCACCCCUCUCUGGCUCUCAGCCCUGCCCUUUUUGUUCCUCUUUAUUCGGACUGGAACUCUGCCCUGGCCACAUGGGGAUUUGCAUGGGAAGCACACAUCUAUGGCCUGGGGUCUGUCUUCACUGUAUUUGGUCUAAUCUCUGUGGUCUGUCUAUUAGGCCUGCCCCUGCGGUGUCCACCAGGAAUCCCCUACCUCACCCUGCUGCACUUGUUCCUCCUAGCAUUUGCUGGGAUCCAAGCUUUUCGUUUGCUCUAUGAUGCUUACAAUCACCAAGAUCGUCUUCCCCCACUGGGCUCUCUGCUGCUUUCCGAGCUUCCCUUUCCCUGUUUGAUCUCGGCCUUCUCCCUGGCCAUACUGCUUCUUUCCUUGCGUUCACGCAUGCGGCUUUCUCUCCCACUUGCUAAUUCAACCUCAUUCUCGGUUUUGCCCAAACCUUGUCUGUUACUGUGUUUGUCCUUGUUCCAUUCUGCAGCCUCUCUAGGGUGUGUUGGCAUGCUCCAGCUCUUCCAUAGCCUCCCCACCAUAAUUCUGCUAUUCCCUCAGGGUGUGUUUGUAUGUCUCACCAUCUUUCUCUCAUGCUCCUACCUCAUCUUUUACUGCUUAAUACAAGUUGACACUAAACACAUCUACAGGCUGAAUGACAAUGGAGAAAGUGGAGGAUCUCCUGAAAUAAUGCAACCUACAAGUUGUCCCUUUUCCAAAGCGGAGGACUGGGGUAGGGCAGCAGGAGCUGGAGUAGGGGCUUCCUUGUGUUUAUUAGGGUGUGGAGGCCUCCAGCUUUAUGGGAUCCUCCAUGCGCUUGGUUUGGGCGGGGUUGAUGGCUAUGGUUUCCAACCCUGGCCCUGGUGGGGCUACCAGGUUGGCUGUAGGCUCUGUGAGGUUGGGGUGUGUCUAGGUUUGUCUCUCAUUGGUACACACCCUCUAUUCUGUCACAACAGUUCCUCCAUCAAGACCCUAGCUCACCCUCGGCCAGGAUCUUGGUCACGCCUCUCCUGCAGCUCCCCUUCAAGAGGGAUCACUAUGCCCUCUCAGGGAGGUGCAAAUUCUCCUGUCCUUGCCUCUCGUGAUUCCCGGUCCCAAGGUAACCAGGAAAAGCAGGUGGUCUGUGAUAUCAUUAGUAAGGGACAGUCAGAGGCUCUUCCUCUUUUCUCAAUGGUGGAUUCUCCUGGAAAUGGGCUAGGCUGUGUCCGCAAGACCAGCAAAGCCCGGAAGACUGUACUGACUCUGCCUACCCCCCCAAGCCCACCGCACAAACCUAAAAAUGCAGCUGAGUCUCAGCUAUCGUCACUGGAUAGCAUACGGGUGGAGACUGACUCUACUGUGGACCUGCGGCCCCCAUCUCCCAUAAACUUGUCCCUCAGCAUUGACCAGGCUCUGUUCAGCGAAUCCCUAUUUUCUCACAGUAUCUUUGGGUUGCCAGGUCCAUUCCAUGCUUCUUCCAGCCUCUCUUUGAGCUCUCCUUGCCAAGAAAUGUUAAAGCAAGGGCCUAGUUGUGUGGAAAAUGUCCUAUACCGAACCUCUUCCUGUGGAGAUGUGGAUCAAGAAAAUACCCUGUCCAGUUCUAGACCUUCUCAGCCACAUGGUUCUUCUCAAAGCAAGACACCAAUGUCACCAGAGCAAUGGGAUUGGAAAGGUAGUAUCUCUGGCUCGACGCAAGGCCUGUGCAGCAAUCCCAAGGAGACAGGAAAACUGCGCUCGCAUUCCUGGGCCAACAGGGGCCAGAACUUUACUCAGAGCAGCCUCCCACGAGCAAUUCCCCACCUGUCUUACCACAGGCGUUACCGGACCCUGAGUUUAGCAUCCCAGGACAGUCAUGGAUCUGGCCGGCUAGCAGGGACUAAACACCUGAGUGAAAGCAAACAGCUGGAAUGGGAUCUGGCUGUACAGGCAGAGUUUGUCAAUGUGUGCAAACAAAUUGAUGCUCUGAGUGUUUGCAGUGACACCAUUGAAUUGUAGAAAGUUUAAAAGUCAAUUUGUGAAUGGGAGGUAAAUGAUAUUGUCCAGAAAAUAUAUAUAUAAUUAAAUUGAAAACAAUUACAUGAACUAAUUAAAGGGGCAUGGAUAUU